AAUGGUUUGCGCCAGUGCAUACGCCUCAGAGCCGAGUCGGCUCUUCUUCAUUUGGAACUUGACGCACAUCAGACUGCAAUGGACCACUUCAGAGGAUGGACACAUGAAUCGAGGUGCUCGCUGCGAACGGCUCUAAAAUGCUGCCCUGGAAGAAGAAUAAGUUCGACCUGAUCGAGGAAGACAAACAGUCCAAACAGAAGGGCUAUGCGGUGAGUCUCAACUACUCGGCGCUCACCUCAUUCGCCAAGUCCUGCCCGGAGAGCGCGCUCAACCGGGUGGGCAAUAUGUUCAAGUCCAAGCGGAAAAAGUUCAAGAUCACCAGCGACGAUCCCACCUAUACGGUGCUCUACCUGGGCAACGCCACCACCAUACAGUCCAAGGGGGACGGCUGCACCGACGUGGCGGUGAGCAAGAUCUGGGGCAAGAGUGACAUGGGCAAGAACGGCACCAAGAUGCGGCUCACCAUCAGCUCGCAGGGCAUCCGCAUGGUGCACGUGGACGACAAGGCAAGAAGACCGGGACACUUGUACCUGCUGCACCGGAUAACUUACUGCGUGGCGGACCCGAGGCUGCCCAAGGUGUUCGCGUGGAUUUACCGGCAUGAGAUGAAGCACAAGGCGGUGAUGCUGCGCUGCCACGCCGUGCUCGUGUCCAAGCCGGAGAAGGCGAAAGCAAUGGCCCUGCUGCUCUACCAGACCUCGGCUACGGCUCUGGCGGAGUUCAAGCGCCUGAAGCGAAGGGACGACGCUCGGCACCAGCAGCAGCAACUCAUCGGGGAGCAAACAAUCCCCCUGGCGCCCCUUAGGAAGCUGCUGAACGGCCAAUGCUACUACAAGCCGCCGGUGGAGCGCAGCCGGAGCGCACCGAAGCUGGGCUCCAUCACGGAGGACUUGGCCGGGGAGGAAGAGGAAGAAAGAGCCAUGCACUUUGAAUGUGAGGACAUUCUGGACACAGAUGAAUGUGUGCCCAAUGGCAAACAGGAGCUCACGCAGAUUAUCAACGAUUUGGGGGAGAUGAGCAUAGGCAACGACGUGCAGACACUGAAAGCUGACCUCAAAGUUACCAGACUACUGUCGGGGGAGAGCACGGGGAGUGAAUCGUCCAUAGAAAGCAGCCAUGAGCUCCACGCACUCUCCAAUGGCUUCGAGCAGAUAAAAGUACAGUGAAGAAUAUGAAACUGAGCCAUUGUUGUGUGUUGAGCCAAUGUGUCUCCUCCAAGGCACAAACCGACUUGUUGACAGCAUAUGGAGACUUUCUUAAACGUGUGCCUCGACAACCAUGUCAGGAGGGGUGGAAAAAAGCACUGACAGGAUUUGGGAGCUAUCAUGACAUUUAGGAGUGUGUUCAGAUGUCUAUUUGGGGAUGUGUGCUUUUUUAACCUGCCAAAUUCAACACACACAGGACUAAUCACCCUCUCUUUUAUUUAAGAGGAUUUGCCUCAACACUUGUUUACCCAAGUGGUGAAAAUAACAUCAUCUGUUGAAAACGUGCCCACUAGGACCCCCAAAUAUUUUGUUUAGUUUUUUUCUUCUAUAGUGGUGGGGCCCCCUAGUGUCCGUAUGCCCUAUAUGGCACGCCAAGUGUGUUUGUUCCCACCUGCCAUGCAACAUUUAACCUACACAUGCUCAUAAAAUAUGAUAUUUGGUCAUAUUUUUCAGGUUCCCCACCCCUGCCUUAAACCAAUGUUUGAGUUGACGACCCCUUCUUUUCUGUAAUUUUGCACUGUUGUGGACUUUACUCGUGUCACAUUGACGACAAUGUGCAAAAUGUCUGUUGUUAUGUUGUCUUAAACAUAAAUGUCAUAUCUUUGCUGUGCAAAAGAAAAAAAUAACACCAAGAUGUAAGGUCAAAUGUUUUAAAGUAUGAAUUAAAAAUGUAUUUUUUUCUAAAUAAUA